GUGGAUGAGGAAGAUGGGUCUUUGGACCUAGGAAAAGAAGAACAUGGAUAAUUGGGAAUUAGGGUUGGGAAUCAAUGAGAGAGCGAGAGAGAGAGAGAGAGAGAGGAUAUGCAAAAUUGGGAUUUCAUCUCAAAUAGAGCAUAUAAGAGAAGAGAAUAAGAAGAAGCAAAGAAGAAAGCAAUUGGGGGUGUCAUCUCAGAGAUAGCAGAUCAUAGAAGAAGAAGAAGAAGAAGAAGAAGAAGAAGAACCCACAAUUAUGUUUCAACAAAUUUCUGUACAAACUCACCCAAAUUUGACUUAGAGGGACUUGAACUCAUAUCAAGUACCAAAACAAAAGUGAGAGAGGGGCAGAAGGAAGAAGAGGAAGAGGAAGAGACUAGAGAGAUGAGAGUAUUUCAUAGAGCAAUGACUCAGAAGAAAAAAAUUAAGUGAAGGAUGGGCAAUCGGCUGUCAAUAGAGAGUUUUUAUAAGAGACAUUUGUGAUUGAGUUUCAAAAUAAGAAUAUUAGUGAAUAAAUUAGAUGAGCCAGGUGCCAAUAUCCCUUUUUAAAACAACACCUACCCCUUGCCCGUUGCCCUUGCAUUAGACCUGCCCUAACAAUUUUCUAGCUUUAUAUUUGACCCUUUGACUUGGGGACUUCGUCUUCUACGGUCUCUCUCUCUCUCUCUCUGCGAGUAUCAGCAGCAGCGCAGCCACAAUGGCCAUCAGCAUUGUAGACUAUGAACUGCCAUACGACACCCACAAUGAGUACGACGUGUCGUUUCACGGUGAUCGGAUCCACACUCUGGUCACUCACAGCUCGUCCAUAGUGGAUUCAUGGCUCGCCCAAACCAACCUCCAGUCCCGAAUCGUAGGGCUUGACGUGGAGUGGCGCCCCAACUUCAACCGUUCGAUCGAAAACCCAGUGGCCACGCUGCAGCUCUGCGUGGGCCCCGAUUGCCUGAUCUACCAGCUCCUCCACACCCAGCACAUUCCCCAGGCCCUCUACGCCUUCCUCGCUAAUCGCAGCUACACAUUCGUCGGCGUAGGUAUCGGCAGCGACGUGGAGAAGCUCCUCCUUGACUACGGGCUGCACGUGGCCAAUGCGGUUGAUCUUGCGGUUUUCGCAGCGGAUAGAAUUGGUUCGAGGGAGCUGAGGAAUGCUGGGUUGAAGGGAUUGGCCAGGCAGAUGCUGGGGAAGGAGGUUCAGAAGCCCAAUAGGAUCACCAUGAGCAGAUGGGACAAUCAGUGGCUUACUUGUGAUCAGGUUCAGUAUGCUUGUGUUGAUGCUUUUCUUUCCUUUGAGAUUGGUAAGCAUUUGAAUGUUUGAAAUAUGGGUUUUCUUUUUCUAUGUCUAUGGAUUUAGGUAGUGGGUUUUUAGAUUGCAGGAGCUUUGGUAGUGGAAUUGUUUCAAAUUGGUUUCUUUAUCUUGUUGGGAAACUUUAGAAAUUGGGAUCAGCAUGCUGGUUUUACUUUCUAUCUAAUCAACCAGAAUUUAGGGAUUGGAUAUUAUUAUGGAACACUUUUGCUAUUGAAGUCUUGUGUGCACUUACUUUUGAGCUUCUUUAUAAUGGCUUUGGGUUUUUCAUGUGAGAGAAAGUUGUAACUUUUGAUAUUAGUAGGAUUGAUUGGAUUGGAUUCGGAUCCUAUUGAAAGCAAUAUGCACAGUUUGUAA